CUCGUCUAAGAUACGCAGUAAAGGCUCGGAAGCAAAGCAGCUGUUUACUUUGGAUCCAUCGAUCGACGAUAAAAGAAAUUCCCAAAAUUAAUGAAGAAGCGAUAAGAAGGUUGUUUAGAUCGGAUGCAUUGUUGAGGUUCAGGAGCAGGUGAAAAAUGGAGAAAACUCCUUCGACGUCACGGAGCUCUGCUUAUUUGGAUGCCCUGACGCAAGAGAUUAAGAAGAAGCUGACACGGGCGCUUGCUUCUCCAGCACAGAGACGCAACUUGUUGCAGGAUCUAUUCGCAGACAUAGCUCUAGAAGUUGAUGAACGUGCCAAAGAUGCUAUCCUUAGCAGGGACGAGGAUGGAAUAUCUUCUGCAGAAGCAGACGCUGAUGGCCCGCUAUGUUUCUUCGAUGUACUUGCUGAUUACUAUGUGAAGGUGUCAGACAGUGGAAAGGAUAUUCUUGAUUUGAUGUUGCAGCUUUGGAGCCAGUCGUUUGCAUCACAUAUUUUCUCUCUUCUGUUCCAUAAAUGGCUGUUUGAGGUUCAGCUCGACAAUCAAGAAAUACUCCUGCGGUAUUCAUCUGCUCUUGUCCAGGGAGCAACAAAUGUAUUCUGGAUUGAUAUCCAGACAAAUACAAGGCGUUUCCAAACUCUCUUUCGGUAUCUGCUUGAGGAAGUUGCUUUGGAGUCUUCCCGUUUGAACAGAAUUCCCAUUCAGGCUCAGAGGGAUCUGUAUCUCUUGCUCUCAAGGUUCAUUUUAUUUUACAAUUCAGUUGACAAACUCGAAAGUUUCUUGGGGCACUUUCCCGAGCUUCCAAAUGCGUUCUUGGUUGGAGGACCAUCAGAUUUCUUUGUUAUCGAACUUACUGACCAGCUGCAAAAGUUAAAAGUCGAGCCAGUACUGCUACAUUAUCUCUCUCAGAUGAAGGUUCUUCAUGGUAUGGAACUUAGAAUGACAACUAGUACGAGGUUGAAGGCAUGUUUAUACAGCUUCACUUCUCCCGGUGGUCCCAUGUACCCCACGAGAGCCGUUCGUCAUGCAGCAUGGGACACGUUGGAUUCGCUCUUUCCUGUGGGGAGAUACCCAAGGCAUCUAAUAAGCUUGUUUUUCCGGUUGUUGUACCCAUGGUACUGGCCUUCCUCUUGUUGGAACUUUGUUGUUUCCUGCAUUAAGACUCUGUUGUAUUCGCUUGUCGGGCUUAUCUUUUCGCGGCGGGAGAAGCCAAGACGAUGUUGAACUGAUGAUAUAUUUGGUUCUAUCCGCCAUUGAAGAGGGUACCAAAGUUUGCAUGGAUAUGUGAAAAGCCAAGACUGAGAUGUACAUAAAACCUUUUCUCCUCUCUUGGGAAUGGCUUUCUAUGUUUUGUUGUCACUGUCGUCGAUUGUUAUAUAUAAAUAUUUUAUAUAGAGGCUGUGUUGUAUUUAUGACCAAAACAAUGAACAGAAAGCCUUGGUCUUGUUCUUUGGCAAUACAGGAGGGGGAACAUGUCUUUACUGUGCUUGUUUACUGCUCUUUUCUGUGUUGACCAAGUUACUUUUUUUUUCUAUGGGAAAUCCGAAAUCUCUUGUAA